AUGUGGAUUGAGCAUUGGAGGAGGAUCGGGGGAUCAAACGAUGCCGGAAGCUGCGACCUCGCCAAGGGAGAUAAAGAGAUCUCCCACUCUAGUGAAAGAGAGAAGACGCAGGUCAAACAUGUCAAGGAGGAUGGGAGAGGCUCUUGGAUGUGGCGAAAACUCUUGAAGCUGAGGUCGCUGGUGUAUGAGUUUAUGAGGUUUGAGGUAAAUGAUGGAAGAACUGCAUUUUUCUGGUUUGAUGAUUGGCUGCGUAUGGGAAGACUUAUAGACAUCACGGGUAACGUCGGAACUUGUUAUCUGGGUAUAGCUCGCAAUGCUCGGGUCAAUGAUGCAGCUAGACAAUCAGAGUGGAGGGUUAGGGGACAGAGAAGCCAACACUAUCAUGAGCUUCAUGCCCGUAUACAGGCUGAGCCGGUACCAGAUGAAGAACGAGGGGGAGAUGUAGUGCUAUGGAAACAUUCAGAUGACAACUAUAAGACAUGUUUUUCAUCAGCUAAAACAUGGGAUCAAAUUAGAGACCGAAGGCCUGUAGUAUUCUGGAGUAAGAGUGUUUGGUUCACACAAGGAGUGCCAAGGAUGAGAGCUUGGGGGAUUCAGCAGGGUUGUGUUCUUUGUGGAGAGAGGGAUGAAACUAGAGACCAUAUCUUCUUCGCCUGUCCCUACCCAUUUACGGUAUGGGAUACUCUUGCGAACAGACUUACAUGUAGCAGAACUGAUCCAGAUUGGAUGCAUACUGUGCAGUUUGUGAGCAAUAACAACCUUCAGCUGCUAGACAAGAUCCUGGAAAGAAAUGACAGGAGACAUCAGACUGGCUAUCGUACAGUGCAACAAGUCGUUCGAAUCGUCGACAAGGCAGUGAAAAACAGAAUCACAUCCCUUCGGUAUAAGUCUGAGCAUAAGUUGGCUGGACUGAUGCAGAGAUGGUUUGCGGUCACAGGAUAA